AAAGACUUAACUUAACAGCUUAAGAGUCGAUAUACCAAGCAGACCAAGCAUUAUGGAGAACUAUUCACUCAUUAUUCAGAUUGUCUUUGUGGCCAUUCUAACGCGUGUGUGUGGCGCUGAGGAGCGCAUGAUUGAGGCGCCGUCCUGCCCAAGUGCGCUAACAUGCGUCGGCUGCAAAAACGUAAAACAGGAAUGGGAUAACGGGACUCACACCGGCCUUCACUGUCACUGCGACCAGGCGUGUUCGCUCUACAAGGACUGCUGCGCCGAUUACGUUCAGUAUUGCGGUAACCACACGAGACCCGAAGCUAUCGGCGAACGCAUGGAGUGUAUUCGCUUGAAUAAAAGCGCGCCAGGAAUGAUGAUGGUGACGAGCUGUCCAGAGUCCUAUACCGACCAGAAGGUGAUUGAAAUGUGCUUGAUUUCUACUCGUCAAAACCGCACUAUGACGUCAGCCAACUACAUGGACGAGCUCCCUGUGGUGGACAUCUUCCAGAAUCGGGUGUUCAGGAAUAGACACUGCGCAACAUGUAACGGUUAUCUCAGGGUUUUCAUUGCCUUCUUCGACUUGAAAAUCCGCUGUGACCUUAACCCCCCGCAAGGUUUCAAUCAGACGCAAAUCCUGGACUACUAUUUAAGGUAUUGUAAGGAUAUUUAUAUGGGGUUGCCAGGCAAUAACCAACAAAGGUUUUGCUUCCCCUCGAUCUCUACCUGUCCGGCGAACGCAUCGAGAAAGCAACGAGAAGCUUGCGAGAAUAAUCCGACGGCCCUAGUGUUUGACCCGGAGACGAAGUUGGAUUAUAAGAAUAAGUACUGCCUGGAAUGUAACGGGGCGUCCACAGCGACCAUGAAGUGCGGCCCAAUGCAGACGACUUCGAACUUCUUCAAGCCAAAGUCAUUUGAGAUCUUGAUGUCUUUUAUCGCGUCGGAAAAUGAUGAAAUGAAGAUUCAACGGUCGACCUUCGCUACCACGUGUAUUAAGAACUACAUGUACGACGCCUACCUGGAGGUGUGCCGUCCUGCUGUAAGCCUGGAUCCAACUAAAGGCGUGAGUGACAAAUAUUGGCUACGCCUCUGGCUCACCCCGACCAACACUAGCGUCCCCUUUCACCUCACCGAGGACACCUUCACAAAAGCACUAGCCGCAAGGUUCAAUCUUAGGACCCCUCAAAUCGACAUACGGGACUUUAAGCUUGAAGACCCUACAGUCUCAGUCUCGUUCGACUUGCACGCGAGUAAGACUGGGCCGAGUAAUGAGGAGGUUACCGUGAGGGGGAGGGCGCCUAGAGAAGUGUCGCUUCCGAUCAGAGCGCUGCUGCAUUUCAAUGGUUCGUUUCUGUUGACGGCUGAUGGCAGGGAGUGGGAGGUGUUCAAGGCGACUGCGAGGAGGCUGACUUGCGUCAAGCCAGAGGAGUAUGCUCCAGGCGAGUACAAAUUCCAGCCGUGGAACGAGAUGGUUGUGAUUAACAAGACUGGCGAGACAUUAUCUAGGCGGGAAUACUACAUGACACGUGACAAUCACUCGAUUCCGAUAGACAUGUCGACCGUAUUUGUGUGCAGGUCGCUAUUCAGCGUGGGCUGUAGUCACGUGAUGCUGGCUCUCAGGCCUGGCGAGUUUACCAUCUUCCCUAACAAGAGCCUGCUGUACAGAGGUCAGCAGUAUCCUGAGGAGGAGUACCUCCUAGAGGGCGACACUCCAUGGGUUUGUACCAAUGAGACGUCACAUCUGUCACGCAACUACACGGUCACCAACGAGACCACAGCCUCCCGCCGUCCCGAGUCUGGUCACGUGACUGCUCGUCGCUACCUCACCAUCAUCGGUCUGUCCUUGUCGGUCUUCUGUCUUUUUCUGGUUCUUAUCGCGCAUGUCAUCCUACCAGACCUGCGCAAACCGCUGCCCGGCAAGAACUUGAUGAGCCUGUCCAUGUCUCUCUUCCUUGCGCACUUCUGGUACCUGUUUGCUUCCGGUGAGACAGAUAAGCCUGCGUUCUGUAAGGCAGCGGCGGUUACUUUGCACUAUCUGUUUCUCGUCACGUUUGGUUGUACGGCUGUCGUGGCUUAUGACACCAGACGCACGUUUUCUCAGAAGAUCGCCAAAGCGCACGCCAUGGGCACCGCACACCACACGCUCCGCCUUGUCGUCUAUCUCCUGCUCUCGUGGGGACUCCCCUGCGUACUGGUGGGCAUAUCCUUUGCGCUUGAUUGGUACCACGUGGUUACCAUUGGUUACGGCGAAGGCGAGGCUUGUUGGCUUGGUGACGUGGACGCCCAGUUGGUAGCAUUCGCGGCGCCCGUCGGUGUGGUACUUGUGUUCAACAUUGUCGCAUUCUCGCAGACCAUCUUCGCUAUCAACAAUGCCCGGAAGCAGACGACAACAGUCAAGGGGUCCCACACAGCUCGUCCCUCUACCGUCAAGAUCUACAUCCGACUUACGUCACUCAUGGGCUUCUCUUGGUUCUUUGGCAUUAGCGCCACCCUCAUCCACCACGCCCUCAUGUACCCUUUUGUCGUCAUGACAACACUACAGGGGGUCUACAUUUUCCUCGCCUUUAUCUGUAAAGCUCGCGUCUUGCGCAUGUUCAAGGAGAAGCUACCGCUGAGGAAGGCACAACCGGCUCAUAGCAACACUAAAAGGGGUACCACCGUGACGACUGACAUGCGCAGUUCGGCGCCGUACGCGGAAUAUAAAGGAGAAGACGAGACUAGGAUAGUUCCGUUCAAACAGUUGGCCGAGACUGCCAACAUUAUGUUUGAUGAUGUUGCGAAGCUGCCCGCCAAGAUUUACUUUAUAGUUUUGUGGUCAAUCGAAGCUAGACGAUUCAGGGUGAUGUUCACGCUGGUUGCACGGGGCUUGAAGACUCAGGAACGAACAAAUGUGUGACGAACCGUGAACGAGAAACGCAAUGUACACUACAACAACUACCUAAAUCCGACUGAAUCAUUGUGGAAAUCAAUCCAUCCUUAAGUAGUAAAAACAACUUUAUUCUAUUGCUGAGACCUAAGAUAAGAUAAGUAAAACGACUCUAUUCUAUUGCUGACACAUAAGACAGGGGCGUACGCAGGAUUUUACAAAGUUGCAGUCAAAGCAUUCAAAAGCUAGAUGAGGGCGUGGCCCGCAUCCCCGUGAAGAUUUCAUAGCUCCCGCUUUUGGGUUAGAAAUUGGCGGCAAUACGUCAGACUUUAUUACAUGAUCCUCUUUCAUCCUCGAUCUGAGAUAGGAAAUCAGUCGUCGCAUGGCACUGAACGACAUAACAGUAUGUCUGGAAAUCAUCUGUGGACUAAAUGAUUAAGAAAAUUAAAGUUUUUUUCCUCACCGUAUAUAUAAAACUACGUACAUAAAAAUGAAUGAGUAAACAUUUGAUUUUUACCCCCUCUUUAUGCAAAUUAGCCGAUUUUUUUGCAGUCCAGUGACUGCAGGCCUAUAGGCUGCGUACGCCCCUGGAAGAUAAGCUAUGUAUAAUGUCAUUUUCCAAAAUAUAAGAUAUUUCAAUAUUUAAGAUAUAACCAAAACAACAGUUUCGCGCUAGUUAGACCGAGAGUCUUAUAUCUUCUAGUAGCAGUUGAUUAAGUCGCCAUUUUGUCCCGGGCGUGUGUAACGCACGACAACGGUGAUAAGCUUCGCUAUGCACUAUGGGAGGUUUAAAGGUAAGCGCAAAAGACUUUGGGUAAUCGAUGUAAAAACACAUCCUACCCAUGAUGCUCAGCCUUCUUAGUCACUUGUAAUACAUGUUGUAGUUUAGCCAGGUUAGCUAGGAAAGCCGUUUCACACUGUCCAAUGCGAGUUUUGGACACCAAAUAUAUAAAUAUUGUAUUAUUUGGAGUUCUACAGUUUGACCGCUAAUAGAAAUCGUGUAAUAGAAAGCUAUAGUGAGUUAGUAAAUGGGCAUUUGAAACGAGACGUCACACGGAUCAAAUGCAAAAAUACGCUAUCAUUUUAUCUAAAGAUGUGCCAUAUGUUUACUCAUUAACUUUCAAGAUCGAAGCCUGUUAAUACAUAAAAAAUAGUCUUGAAUCAUACUUGAAGCGGCAGUCGUACUAGUUUACUUCCGGCGAGCCGACGGAAGCCUCAACUGACAAAAAGGGGAAUCUUUUAUAAUCCGCGCUAUUUAACAUUAAGGGCUGAAUCAGUUUUUUGCUGUUAUUCUCCCGCCAAAAGCCGGAGCGCGCGCGUGUUUGUCAUGUAAAAAGUCACGUGGUAUGUGAGAGUCUGUUAUUGUAAGAUUUUAAAAUUGUUGGAAUUUCCAAGAGGGUGUCCCGAGGGUGGCCGUUGUGCUAGGAAUGUUUACUUGGUACUAGUGCUAAGAAUUGUAAGUAAGUGUUGUUCUUGCCGCUCGUGUCGCGUAUUUUAGCUUAUUGAGGUUGAUUGAAUAAAUCUGCGACAAAAUGUAAAUAACAUGUUUAUGAAUAUGAAAUAAAUAAACGCGAGCAACGAAGGAAAAA